CUCAACACACACCGUCUAUUCACUUAUAAGGAAUUCCUUCAAUUUAUAACCCAACCCCGUCCCUUCACAUGCAACUUCAACUAAUUAAACAAACAUCUGCUGCUCCAUCUGAAAAACAAAACACCUCUUACUCACUUCCAUGGCUUUCAUGUUGGGUUAUGUUUUGGGUUUUGCUUUUGGCAUUAGUUUGAUUGUGGGUUUUGCUCGCUACCAGAAUGUCAGAUCAAAACGUCGCACUCAUCUGGCAGCCGCAAUUGCAGCUUUUGCAAGGAUGACAGUUGAAGAUUCCAGGAAACUCUUUGCCGAUCAAUUCCUCCCCCCUUGGGUGGUCUUUUCACAGAGACAGAAGUUAACUUGGCUCAAUCAUCAACUUGACAAAAUAUGGCCUUACGUUGACGAGGCAGCAUCCGAGAUUAUAAGAAACUCUGUCGAGCCAAUUCUUGAACAAUACAGAUCAGCAGUUUUAUCAUCUCUCCAGUUUUCUAAGUUGACUCUUGGUACGGUGGCACCUCAGUUCACAGGAGUUUCCAUCCUUGAAGGUGCACCCGACGAGAUAAUUAUGGAAUUAGAAUUGCAGUGGGACGGAAAUCCUAAAUUCAUACUUGAUAUUAAGACUAGAGUUGGAGUGGCACUACCUAUACAGAUAAAAAAUAUUGGAUUCACUGGGGUAUUCAGGUUAAUAUUCAAACCAUUAGUUGACGAGUUUCCUUGUUUUGGAGCUGUUUGUUAUUCCUUGAGAGAAAAGAAAAAUCUUGACUUUACCCUCAAAGUGGUUGGUGGUGAGAUAUCAGGAAUUCCAGGGAUAUCUGAUGCUCUUGAGGAAACAAUACGAGAUGCUAUUGAAGAUUCUAUUACCUGGCCAGUCCGUAAAAUCAUACCCAUAUUACCAGGAGAUUACAGUUACCUAGAGUUAAAGCCAGUUGGAACUUUGGAGGUGAAGCUCAUAGAAGCUAAGGAAUUAUCAAAUAAAGACAUAAUUGGUAAAUCCGAUCCUUUUGCAGAGUUAUUCGUUCGUCCUCUACGUGACAGGAUAAAGACCAGCCAAACGAUCAACAACCAAACAAAUCCAAUCUGGAAUGAGCACUUUGAGUUUGUUGUAGAGGAUGUAUCUACUCAACACUUGACCAUAAGAGUUUACGACAAUGAAGGAAUUCAAGCUUCUGAAUUUAUCGGUUGUGCUCAAGUGCCGCUCAGCGAGCUUGAGGCAGGCAAGGUGAAAGUUGUGUGGUUGAAACUGGUGAAGGAUCUGGAGAUCCAAAGAGACCAGAAAAACCGUGGCCAGGUGCAUUUGGAGCUCCUGUAUUGUCCUCUCAAUGCUGAGAGUGAAUUUUUUAAUCCUUUUGACCCCAACUUCAGAUUAACGACCGUGGAGAAGGCCUUUAAACACGUGAUUGAUGAAGCAGAGUCAACUGAUCCUCUGAAAUCUACUUCCCAGAUGAAAAAGGAUGUCAUUAUUAGGGGAGUUCUAUCAGUGACAGUGAUCUCUGCUGAGAAUUUGCCAGCUAAAGAUCUCUUGGGAAAAUCUGAUCCUUUUGUUGUGCUAACAAUGAAAAAGUCUGAACAGAAGUACAAGACUAGGGUCCUCAAUGACACCUUGAAUCCAGCUUGGAAUCAAACAUUUGAUUUUGUGGUUGAGGAUGGGUUACAUGAGUUACUAAUCUUGGAAGUUUACGAUCAUGACACAUUCGGGAAGGACAAAAUGGGAAGAUGCAUCAUGACGCUGACCAGGGCUAUACUGGAAGUAGAGUUUAAAGACAGUUUUCCAAUUGAUGGCACUGAAUCAGGAAGGCUGAAUCUGCAUAUCAAAUGGACGCCACAAACAAUUUUCCGAGAUUAAGUACAAUAUAACAAAGAAACAAGAAAAUUACUGAAAAUGGAACUGAUAUGAGUUGUUGAUAUGAAGAUUGAGAAGAGUGAGGGUUGCGUUCACCAUGUAAAUUUACCAACAUUUGGUUGUCUAUAGCCUAUAGCUCUGAAUGAAUGUAUUCAAAGUGAAUUGAGACAAGCUCUCAACAAAGUUUGCUUGUAAAAA